UCGGUCUACAACCGAAUACCCGUCCGUUAUACCUACUGAAAUUGUACACCUUACACACAUAUACACCCACACGUUGUGCCAACACCUGUUGCAGAGUCGUGCGUCGAUGACAGCUUCACCGUAAGCGGACGAUCUUCGUUAUAAACACAAAAAUAAAUAUCGUAUCGCCGGUUCAUUAUUUAUAUUAUAAAUCACGCAACAAUAAUAUCACGAAAUGCAACGAGACGACGAUAAGAAUUGUAAUGUCACAGCCGCUGUUGGGGCCGACGAUCUGCAGACGACUGACGUGGACCGCAAACUGCAACCGUACGACGAAGAGGUAGACAAACUGAUCGAGUGGUUGCGGGACACGCCACAUUUGCCGAACAUCACCGACCGAGCGUGGUUGCGGAACUGUUUUGUCGGACGAAAACUCCGGAUAGAGAGGACAAAAGAAUCAUUGGACGGAUAUUUCUGCUGCAGGUCGCUGAUCGACGAAUUCUUCGGCGUCCGCGAUCCGCUCGGAGAUGACGUCCAGACGGCGAUGCGAAAAACGUGGUUUGGGUUUUCGAGCAAUUUGACAGACGAGGGUUACCAGGUCAUAGUGACGAGAAACCUCACCGACGAAGAUGUUCCUGGCAGGUAUUUAGAUCAGUGGACGAAAUACUUUUACAUGUGCAUCGACUGGAACUUGAAGCGGGAGACGGUAAACGGCGUGAUCAUUAUUUAUGACAUGGCCACGACGAACAAAAACGAAUUACUCACCCAAGUGACCCCAAAUUUUCUCAGGAAAUCUUUACAGUGCUCGACAUUUUUCCCGUACAAAUUGAUACAGGUCCACUUCAUAAACGUACCGUCAUACGCAGCCGUAGUGUUCAAUAUUUUAAAAUCUCUGGUUCCCAAAAAAAUCCAAUCUCGUAUAUUUAUGCAUAAUAACCCAUCGGAUGUACUGCAACAUAUCAAAAAAGAAUGCAUUCCGUCAGAUUUAGGAGGUUGUGAUAAAUCCAUUAAAGAACUGGGCGAACUCUGCAAGGAGAACAUCGUAGCGGAAAGAGAAAUGUUCAUGAAUGGAAUAUUUUCGUUGAAAGCGGACAUGGACAAAAAGCCGAAAGACACGAACAGCAACGAACAAUCGGAGCUCUUUGGAUUUGACGGAAAUUUCAAGCAAUUGAAUAUCGAUUGAAAAAUAUAUUUUCCAACAAUCAAAGCAUUAUUUCAACUACUUAUACACACUUAAAAAAAAAAAUCAAUACAUUUUCAUAUAAAAACUGUAUUCAGCAAAAUAAAUUAUGUAUUUUUUUUUAUGAUUCAAAGACUUAUUACCUUAUGGCUUAUAUAAUUGAAUUUUCACAAAAUGUUUAUAUCAUAUAGUAUACUGUUUGAUUCAUAUUUUUUUUUUAAAUAUAUAAACACAAUUUCCGUAUUAUUAUGAGUUAUGACUCUUUUUCAGCUAUUAAUAGACAUUAAAAGUUUUGAA